AUGAUCGAGCGAUGGCGCUUGCACGUAGAGAACUGGGUGCAAAAGAAGCUGGAGCGUCUGCCGAAUCGGCUGCACGAGCCAUCAUGCAAAAAGCUCGAGAGCUUGGAAGCUGCGACGACAUAA